GAGAGUUGGCUCGUAUGCUAUGUUUGGUUUUUAAUUUUGUGUGUGUACUUAUUACAGACUAAAAAAGUACUGUGGGACCAUUUAUAUCAGCGAAAAAAGUUGAAGAAUCCCAUAACGUUAAAAACGUCUUACUUUGUGAUUGACUGGAAUAAACAUAAAGAUCUUUGAAGAAGUCAACGAUUACAGAAUAUUGAAUGAAAAAAUUGUUACAACAAUUUGAAAUUUUCGAUAAACCGCCAUUUUUAAUGGUCGCCAUACUUAGCCAUUCCAAUCCAUUCCAGUCCGAAGUUUAGUGAGCUUGAAAACAGAAAAAUGGAGUUCUACUUGAACUCGGACAGUCGGUGCCUUCCAAGUGAAUUAUCAGACGAUUUUUCUCUUACGUCAUCUUCGACGCCAUUAGCUGAAACUUCUGUACCUGUAAAGAGUGAAAUUGGAUCAUAUUCUAGCGGAAGGACAUCACCAGGUCAUGACCUAGGUUAUCAUACGCUACUCACUCGCCAGAGCUUGACCCCUACUCCAAAAUCAUCCAAUAGAUCUUUUGAGGGAGAACAUGGUGCUCCUCCUAGCCCAUGGAGGGACACGUCAUCUUACUCCGACCAUAUGAGUUCUCCAUCUUCUGCCUUAAGAACUUCAAGUACUUUGUCUGAUACCGAGAAACUUCUGGCAACUUUUAAAGGGAAAAAACUGCCAAGGUGCUCCCAUUUUGACAGACUGACAGACGAACUUAUACUGAAAGUAUUUUCUUAUCUAUCUAGUAAUCAUUUGUGUGUGUGCGCUCGUGUUUGUCGACGAUGGUAUUUUUUAGCAUGGGAACCUCAACUUUGGACCUCCAUAACUCUAACUAGUGAGAAAAUCAACGUAAAUGCUGGAUUGAAGACACUUUUCCGGCUUCUGUGUCGGGACUCUCCCAGUGUUUGUCUGACAGUGGAGCGAAUGUGUUUGAAUGGUUGUGCACGUCUUACAGAUAAAGGCGUGUGGACGAUUGCCAAACGCUGUCCGGAACUAAGAAGUAUUGAGAUCCGAGGAUGUAGUAAUGUGACCAAUACAGGGGUCACUGAUUUGGUUUCAAGAUGUCUGAACCUGGAAAGACUGGAUCUAACAGGAUGUUGUCAUGUUACCAGUGUUGAGCCUCGUCAGACAACAGUACCUGUUCCAGAACCAGCUGGGUCUAAACCUGACUCCCUUCCAGUGUGUGUUCGUCAGUUGUAUCUCCAGUACGUAGACCUUACCGACUGUCAAGCUUUGGAGGAUUCUGGGCUGAAAGCGUUUGUCCGGAACUGUCCUCAGCUAACCCAUCUUUUCCUUCGACGUUGUGUCCAGCUGACUGACGUGGCAGUCAAGUAUAUUGCUAGCUACUGUGUGAUGCUACGGGAACUUAGUGUCAGCGACUGUUUACAAGUUACUGAUUUCGGUCUUUAUGAACUUGCCAAACUGGGACCUAACCUACGGUACCUCAGCGUGGCUAAAUGUCACCAAGUCUCUGAUGCCGGUGUCAAGCAAAUAGCUCGCCACUGUUACAAGCUGCGCUAUCUAAAUGUUCGAGGCUGUGAAGCUGUGUCUGAUGACAGUAUGGAAGUAUUGUCCAGAAGCUGCCCAAGGCUCCGGGCGCUAGACAUCGGCAAGUGUGACGUCACAGACUACGGACUGAAGCUUUUGUCGGAGCACUGCCCGAACCUGAAGAAACUGAGCCUCAAGUCCUGCGACAUGGUGACCGAUAAAGGAGUCCGAGCUAUCGCUUACUACUGUCGGGGUCUCCAGCAGCUGAACAUCCAGGACUGCGCCAUUACUGUGGAAGGUUACAGAAUGGUGAAGAGAUGUUGUAAACGUUGCAUCAUAGAACACACCAAUCCGGGCUUUUAUUGAAAACGGCAUAAAGAAAAUUCGGAAAUAUCCAGGGUUAACUAAUGAGAUUUUGGAUCUGACUCUACAGUAUAUAAUUAUCAGAGUCUGCCAGUGUCAUAUAUUGUAAUAUAUAAUCAAUGUACAUAACUUAGUACGUUCUAUUCUUCGACUAACGUGGACGUUAAAAUAUUUUUUUACGAGUUUUGCCAUUUCCAACUUCUCCACUUUAGAGCGGAUAGAUGAUUUUAUAAACAUGUCACAUUAUCGUCCAUAAGACCCCAAAUUUAAUAAUUCAUUUUUAUGAUAAGGAUAAGUUGCCAUUAUAUAAAUGAAAAUGAACGAUACCAGUGAAUUAUUAAAAACGGCCCGUUUCCUUUAGUAAGGGUUUUUUUUUAUCAUGUUGAGCUAGAAAUUUUACAUACUAUUAGUGCCAACGCCAUGUCGUUCGUUUGUUACACUCACUAUUUAGAAGACCCAGUACUAUGGCUGUUGUUGUAGUACCAUCACAGGAAAAAAAAGAAUGUAAUAUAAAUGUGUAUCAACCACAAUUUUUGGAAUUAGUAAUUCUAAUUACUGGUUAAACCUUUUUAUUUAUUUAUUUUUUGAAACAGUAUAAAAUCCACAGUCAGUGUGUAGGCCUAACCAUACAUAAGUAUUUAUAGUGUUUUCUCUGUCGGUCACAGGGCUAGCUAAGAAUACGUGAAGAAUUUCAUUAUGUAGCUAAAGUGUUCCUUUAUUUGUACAUGCACACCAUUCAUCAUCACAGUCGAAAUAUAAAAUGACGUUUUAUAAAAUAUAUAUAUAAUAUCUGAAGAAAAUGAACUAAACUUGAAAGACAAACCUAAAUCAGUAAAUGGUAAGAGUUUCACGAAGUAGAGUAUGUUACUUUAUGUUUGCUCGGGGAAGGAGAGAUUAUCUGGUAUAAUUUAUAUAACUUACAAAAUCAGGUAGACCAGUUGCCAUAAAUAUUUGUUAUAAAAUAGAACUAAUCUCUGGAAUUUUAUGUUGCAUAAAGUUAAACAUGACCAACGUAGUUUCUGUAACAUGGAAUAUUAAAAUCAUGUUUGAAAUAAGUGAAACAAAUAUCUAUGUUUCAUCCUCUCCAACAAGAAUAACAACAUAUUAAGUUUGUGAACUUGCGCACACCAUAUUCAGAGCAGAAGUUAAUUUUAAAAAUCAUAAGGGGGAUACAAUAAUUCAAGCCCCAUGUUAAAACUGAUAAAACCAAGCAGAAACUUCUUAUUUAAAAUACUCAAACUAAGUAACUGAUUUUCACAAAUGUUUCAAUAAAAGCCAUGCUAAAUACUCGUAUACCUGCCAACCUGAUUAUAAAUAAUACUUUAUUAAACUUGUAUGAACAACAAGGGACAAUUUGGUAUUUCAUGGCUGUCCCUGCACAAAGAGGGAGAAAUUAAACUUGCCAAUUGUUUUCAGGAAAUCAUCAAUUUCAGUCUUAAGUUCUUAUUAAGUGCAAGUCUCCACUACUACGAACAGUCAUUUCUUUACCCGUGCUAAUGAAUGGGUUCCUGUUCACAUUACAUGUGUGAUCCAAAUAAAGGUUAUUUUCCAAGUCAUUCUGUAGUACCCCAAUACAGCUGAAGACACCCAAAUGUUUAAUACCAUCGGCAAACUUCACUAAUUGCCUCUCAGGCAAUGUCAUUAAUGCAAAGGCCCAGUCUCUGAGACUCUACGUUAGUAAAGGUCCAGUUUGACUGGACCAAAUAAAACUAAAGGUUUUUUAUUUCAUCCAGCUACCUUUCAAUACAAUUAACUAAUCUCUCCCUUAAUCCCACUACUGUGAUUUUAUUGGCUAAUCUUUUGCAUAACAACUUAUCAAAAUUCUUUUGAAAAUCUAAGUACACCAAAUCCAUUUCUUUUCCAUCGUCCGGAUAACAAGUAACAUUCUCAACAAAAUUUAACAGAUUAGUAAUACAAAAUUUCUGUUUCUUAAAUCCAUGUUGGUUUGUUUUUAUUAUACAACAUAUGACUAAAUGAUAUUACACAGCUUUUAAAACAGAUUUUAAAACCGUUUUCUGCUAAAGUAAUUCUAAGAACUCACGAGUGAUAGAAACGGAGAAUAUGUUAUAUCAACCACACUACAUCUGCUAUAUCUAGUGUUGAAGAGGCCUUUUGUUCAAUACCAGGGCUAAAAUAAACUGACCUAUAAUAACCAAGGAUAGCUCUUUAUGACACCUUUUUAAAAAUACAAGCAGUAUUUACAACUUAUAAUCCUGUCUAUUAACCUGUAAAAAAAAA